AUGAGAGAUUUUUCUUCAUCACCUUUGACGAAAACAUCAAAACAAAGCUUCACAAACAAAUUUCAAGAAAUGGCACAAAAACUCAUUUCGAUUAUUCUUAUUGUACUUUUCACUGUUUCGUGCGUUACCGCGGUACCAAUAGCUAAACGAGGUGCUUGGUGGGCCGGUAACUCCGGAUGUGAAGCCAGUUUAAAUAAUGUCGGUUGCGGUAAUACCGGAAAAGGAAAUGUCGGCAAUGGUAAUGGAGGCGGUGAUAAUGUCGGAAAUUUGAAUGGUAAAGGUAAUUCGGACAAGAAAAACGGAAACAACAAUGUUGGGAACUUGAAUGGAUCUUAUAAUGGUAUCGGAAGCACUGACGCGGCAAGUGGUGGAAACAACGGAAACUCUAACAUUGGUAGCUAUAAUGGUUCGUGGAAUGGUUCAUACAAUGAUGGUGAAUUGCUAACUGAAGUGACAACAAUAUCAGUAGCUGGCAUGGUAAAUAGUAAUCAAAAUGAUUGUUUGCACGAGUAUCUAUGUAAUUUGAAAUUGAAUAUCUUAUUAUCAAAAAAUAUAGGAUCUAUAAACGGUAAUGACAAUGAUCGUGAUCACAACGGAAAUGAUGGUGGAAAUCAUAACAGACCAGCUUCCAUAUCAAGCUUUACUUUUGUGUAA